AUGCCUACCACGGAGCAAGUCAGACAAAUUUUCGCCCCUUUCGGAGAGGGAAAUGCCGCGGCCUUCUUUGAGAGUGUUUCUGACGAUGUAGAUUGGCAGUUCACUCAUGUAGGCACGUUCUGCCCCAUCGCCGGCCAUUACCAUUCCAAAGCCGAGUUUCAAGAAGGAACCAAGGCUCUCAGCUCCACCUGGGCGAGCCCCUUGAAACUUCAAAUUGAAAACAUCGUCUGCGAUGGUCGCCAGGCGGCGGUCGAGAUGAAGGCCGUGGACACCAAGUGUAAAAGUGGCCUCGUCUUCUCGAACGAGUAUACUUGGGUGUGUGAGUUCAAUGAUCUGAAUAUGAUUGUGAAAAUUCGCGCGUAUAUGGAUACAGAUCUGGUCGUCCGGGCAAUUCAAGAGAAUCGGAAGCUCGGUACCGGAGCCUGA